UGGGGUCGGGGCCAGCGAGUCAGCGGAGCUAACGGACUCCGGCUGAAGAGUGAGCGCCAGCAGCAGCAAGAGCGGCACCACCACUGCCAGACACUGCCGACAUGGACCGCCGGCCAAUCAUCGCCUUGCUCCUGCUGGUCGUCUGCGUGCACUCAGGGUUCUCGGUUGUGUGCUACCAGUGCAACUCGCAGUACGACCCCCGGUGCGGCGACCCAUUCGACCCGUACACCCUGGGCGAGGUGAACUGCAGCAUGAAGCCGCCGCUGGAGCACCUGGGCAAGAUCCAGCCCACCAUCUGCCGCAAGAUCGUCCAGAGAGUGUACGGGAAGACUCGUGUGGUACGCGGCUGCGGCUACCUGACGGAUGACUCGAAUUCCGACGGCCGCUCGUGCUUCCAGCGAUCGGGCACACACGAUGUGCACGUGCAGUACUGCACGUGCAACGAGGACCGCUGCAACUCAGCGCGCUCGCGGUCUGGCCCGGCGGCGGGUGCGCUGCUGGCGAUAGCGUUGCUGGCGGCUGGCGCAGGCGCUGGCGCCAGUGUGUCGGCUGCCCCCAGCGCCUUAUAACGCCGCCUCGCCGGCCGGCUGUCGCCACACCAACCAUCCGACCUCCAGGCAGCACCAGCAGCAAAGCCCGCUAGCAGAGACGCCACGGAACGCCAGUUACCCCGCGUUUGCAAAACCUCUCGCGUCGCAGUCGACACCUACGUCUCGCCACGACCCGUCACCCGCCUUCAGUUACGUUUCCCACACGAGCCUCGUACGCAGUGUCGUAUCGAAUGUUUAAGUUUAGAUUUCACACACCCAAAAUCUACUGCUUUUCAGUCUCCCCUGUACUUUCUUUUCUUGCAAAAUUUGCUUAGUUUAGAAGCGUUGCAGUCUGUGUUCAGUACCUCGUCGCAUUAAGCACGAAGUAAUAGCACAUUUACCACGGUUUGUGCGUUGGAAGUAUAUAUGAAACUGAUUUAUUUUUCACGAACAGCACGAAUAUUUCAUCCGAAUAGAGAGGUAAUACUUUCGGUAACAAAUACAGAAUGUCGGCAUGCAGUAAAAGAAAUUAAUGGCAAAGCGACAUGAGAAAUACUUCUUUCACUAAGCUAUUUCUCCGAUUCACAAGUCACACUGUCUCUAAUUUUGAUGUGGCUUACCGUACUACGGCACAAAAAGAACAGUACAUCGAUUGAUUAAUUAAAUUUAACUGUUUUGCCAGUACGACACCCAAUCGACAGUCCAAAUCAGCCAAUAUAAAAAUCAGUACAAGAAAGGUACUAAGCGACAAUUGCUUCAUACUCGGCUAUUUCGAUAGCAGUCAUUAGCCUAUAGAUAUUGUAAUUAGACUGUUCUGCGUUAAAAUUGUAGUGGUGGAACUGUGAUGAGAAGAACCAUGUAAUUCGUACAGAAAUUACUAGACCAUUUAACUGUGUUACGACACCGGUGGUAUUGCAAAUGCGCAGUAUGUAGCAAGGAAAAAACACAAUGUAGCAUAAAAUGUAGUAGGCGUCACGCUUGAGGAAGACGUUUAAUGCUACAAGAUUGCAGCAGAGCAGAAUUUUGCCAGAAGGAUUAUUUGAUUUUUUUUUUCAGAUCACUUGCAAAUUUCUUACCAGAUGACGUAUGAGGUUGCCUGCGUGUAGAUGCGUUAAGCCUUUGAAAAAAAGUUCUAUUUAAAAGUUAUAAUAAGUAGGGUUUUAAGUAGUUAAGUGUAUUUGUAAACCAAAAGUAUUAUGAUCAGCAGCUCGUCUGUAGUUGGAUAGUUGUAUACACGAUGGAAAAUAGUUCACGAAUGAGAUCCAGAAAUACGUAUCAACCACAGUGAGGAAGGGAAACCGUAAUAUUAAAGACACUUUGCUGGGAAGUGUUUCAAUACAACGUGAAUUUUGCUUACUACAUGUGGCUCAUGCUUGAUCAAUGUAAAGAAUGAAACUGCAAUUUUGAUAAAGUAAUAUGGUGGAAGCUACAUAAUGUGCGUGAAAUGUGGCGACAUUGUUUGUUUCUUCAUCUUUCAUUUUUGUGUCGCUGAUAAAAUGUUAAUUGUCAUGGGCAAUAACUAGAAAGCAGAGCAAAAGGAUUCAUGUAAUUAUUAAAUGUUCAGUUAUUGUGUUAUAUUUGCAUGAAUAAAAAAUAAUAAGAACUAGAAUGUUACAACUAAUGAUAUUCUUCACGUACCUCAGAAAAAGGAAAUGUAAGUAAUGUUGGUUUGAGUUACAAAUAUCGUAGCUUGUGACGUGAAAUCUUUUGAGCUUUCAGAUAAGUAAACAUUGCAUACUCUGUAAGGAAAAAAUAAUUCUUUACUAUUUUUUUAUAAUACACUUGGAGACUGCUCACAAUAAGAACAACAGGCUAUGUUUACAACAAUUAUGUUAAUCUACAAUUUUUGAGUUAAUUAAAACACUACGAUAUCAGCAUUAGUAACCAUAUGUUCCAAAACUACUUGCAGUGACAUGAGGAUGCAACACACUCACCUGUGCAGUGUUAAUUACACUAAUUGUUCGGCUUAAGUCUGCUGGUGGUAUGCACUGGGCAAAUGUGAUGAAUGCGGGUGGCCUAUUAUAGUUUUAUUAAAUAACUAUCAAAAAGAAACCAAGUAAUUUCAGACCGACACUGCCUAUAUCUCACACCAUUAAUAUUCCUGUGCAGAUUGCUCAAUUUAGACAACAUGAAAUGCUGGAAUGCCCUUCGGCCUCUGUUAAGUAUGAUGACAACCUGUCAGCAUACAGUAAUCUGUGGAAUAUAAAACUGUCUUCUGUUAAUCAGACUGGCCAUAAAUAACUAUUUAUACCACUAUAAUGAAUUCAGUAUAAGCAAAGUAUACAAAAAUUUAUGUCAAGGAAAUUCCUUGUAGAAAAUUAAGUGUUACAGUGAUUAUAUUACUAUCAAACUGCAAUAAAUGCUUUGUGGUCUGAUAACAUAUUAGACUAUUUCUUAACUUCAGUGAUCCAUUUGUCAAUAUUGUUCAAUACUCACAAGAAUAACUGUUGUUACGUUAAUGCUUCCUUUAUUAAUGUAUAUUACAUAACACACAUACCUCAAAACCAGAUACAUUUAUUUUCAGUGUGGAAUUUGGAUCAUUCCUGCUUUGGCUUCAUUCAGUAUUUUAAAUGUAUAGCAUCUUUCUGUCUAAGAUCAGUUGGAUUGCGUACUAAAUCAGUAAGUGUAAUGGCUGGUUUUCUAUGUAUAUAUAUUUGCACACAGUGUGUUAAAAAUGAAGCUUCUGUUAAAAUGUGUCAAAACGUCUCAGAGUUGUUUUUUUUUUUUAUUUUUUUUUAGAUAGUCACAUUUUGGUCUAAUAAACCCAUAGCAGCCCAUACAACAUGGUCUGAUGUGUGUCUCGGAAGAACCUGCUGCUACAUUUCACACUUUUGAUGUGUCCAUCAUUAUGAAACAGACAACAGCUUCUUCCACUUUAGUUACAUACUUGCCCUAAAUAUAUUGUUAAAAAUCAAGGUACACUUAUAGCCUAUAACUUAACUAUAAAUCAAUAAAUGGUAACAAUGCACUUAUAAACCCCAGUACACCCACAAUUGAAGAGGGAUGAAAAGUAAGAACUGAAGAAAAAGUUAAAGGCCUUAGCAGAUCAAAAGAAAUGGAAUAAAUGAACAGUGAGCCACUUUCAUUAACAGAGUUUGAUGAUCACUUCACAGUAAUUCAUACACGGAUUUCUUCAGAUACCAUAACUGACUGGAAACAAAAGCACAUGCACCUUUACCACAGCCACAUAUGGCAGCACACUAUGCAUUUGUGUAAGUGUUGUUGCACAAUCAGAAAUAUUAAGAAAACACGUAUAUGUUCAUUCAUUAACAAAAGAACAAAACUAACAUACUUCUGUGCACACUGCUUCUAAGUCAGGUAAUGGUGUGGAAAAGUCUUAGUGAUUACAAAUGUAACAAGAAGUGUUAGAAGGUUCCAUAAGAUAUGCUUUAAGAAGGGAAUAAAAGCCUAUUAGUCAAGUAAUAUGUUUUAAAAUAUGUAAAUAUUAUAACUUAAAAACUAGAGCAGAAGCUGUAUUGACACACUAGUGUUCAUGGGCUAAAAACUCUAGUGUAUUGUUAUAUGUAAGUAGUGGUUUUACAAUAGCAUUUUAAUUAUUGUACAAUAAAUAAUUUUAAACAAAUGAAUUAUAAUUUAAAUUAAUACUAUUUAAUAAGAUGCUGACACAGACUAACAUUAACCAUUCAAACGCCUGAAAUAGUGAACCAGAUAAAGUAUUUUAUUAUUAUUCAGAAUAGUGUGAACAAUUUUUAAUCAUAAUCUUGGAGAUGUGGGGAGGCUUUUGACUUCCAUUUCUUGUAUGACAGCUGUUCUGGUGGUAUUCAGUAUUUUUAUUGUGAUAUAAAUUUUUGUGUUCCAUCAAUUUUCCCCAUCAAAAUAACAUACUGUAUUAACUUCCAGAGCUAUAACAUCCCAGUAACAGUAAAAAAAAUGCCAUAUAAUUAUCAUCUGAGAGUUUCAAUGUAUUAUUAUUACAGCAUGUAUACCACAUUUAAGAAUGAGCUUCUUGUCUGUCUUACAUUAAAGAAAAUCCUCGCAUUACCCAGGAUCAUUGUUUCAUUGUAUUUUAUCAACAGAGUAGCUACAUGUUAUGUAAACUUGGAACUGUUUACCAAAUAUGAUGUAAUCAUAAACUGAUCUGUUGUGUAGAGGUGGCUGCCCUGUUAGAUCUCACAAGUGAUGCCUACUGUAAUGAUGUGUUUGCAGCAAUAACUUUUACCACAUAUCUAAUGAAGUAUGUAGCUGUGAUUUUACUUCAUCAGACUGAAGAAUAUAAAGUAUUUUUUUUCUUUGUAUGAUGGUCUGUUUGAAAGCUUGUAGAUAUGAAUGCCCCAAUGUUUCACUAAGGUCAGUGUAAGGGAAUAUGCAUAGAGAGAAAUAUUGGUUUUCUUAAUGGUAAACAGGCUUGAGUAAACAGUUUUUAAACGUAUUCAAGUGCGAGUAUCAGUACAUCAAAAAAACAGAAAAGUUUUGCAGAAAAUGGCAACUCCUCAUUGAACACAAUUAAUUUGUAUGCAUAGUUGAGUGAACACUAAAUAUCAUACAGCGAGCACAUUUAUUGAAAUGUGUAGAAAAGCUAAAUAACUCAUGCAAUGUUGUUAAUGUUCUACUAAAAUAACACUUACACAGCUUUAAAUCCUCUGGAUAUGGUUGGUUAGUGUGCAAAAUGCUACUUUGCAGUGAGUCAAUGUGAUCUGUAGUAUAUAGAGUUAGAGAAAGUACAUAGUAAUCAACAUGCCUUGCUGCCAUUGCAGAAUAUUUAUUUUCACAUUUUAUUUUUGUUGUAUGUGUGUCACUUUACUGAUGGAGAAAUGAAUUCAAAAAGCAUUUCAUGAUUUCUAAAAGAAUUACAGUGAAUGCUUUCAUUCAGUCGUGUGUUCUAGAUGGACAGCAACAUAGAGAGAUUAUGUUUGUUGUUAAGAGAGAGUGAGAGAAUGUUUCCAUAAAGAAGUAUUCUGUAUAUAAUGUUUGUUACCUUAUUUGUUGAACUUAUUAACAAUGCAGAAAUGUUGUUGAAACAUGUUAAGUAGAUAUUCUCCUAUGAAUGCGUUUGCAUUUUAGCAAGUGCAUUAAAUUAUUCUAAGCUGUUUGUAUGUUACAUUCCGGUUUUGAAGUUGUUAAAUGCAGUUUGUUUUGGAAAUUUCAGACAAGAAAGUGAGCAUGUGAAACUGAAACUAUACUGCCAUGUAUCGGUUACUGACUUUAUAAACCUUUAAUUAUGUCCUUGCAGUGGCCUAAUAUUUUAAAUUUUGUUCUGAUUCCAGCAAUUCUGUACCAACUGUGUGUUAAUCUGAUAUGGCUGUUGUUAUAAAUAUAUAAUAUAUUUUAUAGUUUUCACUUAUUAAUCAUGGGGCAAGAAAUCAGGUACCUUUUAAAAAGCCCUUCGAAAUCACAUGGCAUAAACGGAAUGACAAAAGAUCUAAUAAAUGUUUUCAGAAGUGAUUGUGUUAAAUGCUCCUAUUUUGAUCUAAAAUUAUGUUUAUAUUGACGUAGUUACACAAUAAAAAGUUUUUUAUUUUA